UAUUUUAUUUUUACAAUGGCAACACUAAGAGUUUCUUCAUUAUUGGCUUCUUGUUCUUCUUCUUUGCAUUGUAACCCUUCAGUUUUUACUAAAUGUCAAUCUAGUCCCAGAUGGGCUUUUUCAUUUUCAGUCACACCCUUGUGUUCAAGAAGAAGUAAAAGAAUAGUUCAUUGUAUUGCUGGUGAUACUCUUGGUCUUACUAGGCCUAAUGAAAGUGAUGCCCCUAAGAUUUCAAUUGGUGCUAAAGAUACUGAUGUGGUGCAAUGGCAAGGAGACUUACUUGCAAUAGGCGCGACGGAGAAUGACUUGGCUAGAGAUGAGAAUUCUAAGUUCAAGAAUCCACUAUUGCAACAGCUCGAUUCCAAAUUGAAUGGUUUAUUGUCUGCAGCUUCAUCUGAGGAGGAUUUUAGUGGAAAAUCUGGACAAUCCAUAAAUCUCAGGCUUCCUGGUGGAAGGAUUACUCUAGUUGGACUUGGCUCAUCAGCAUCAUCACCUACUUCUUAUCACAGUUUAGGAGAGGCUGCUGCUGCUGCUGCCAAGUCUGCUCAGGCUCGUAAUAUUGCCGUUUCACUUGCUUCCACGGAUGGACUCUCUGCAGAAUCGAAGAUUAACUCUGCAUCUGCCAUAGCAACUGGAGUUAUGCUGGGGAUAUUCGAAGAUAAUAGGUUUAGGUCCGAGUCAAAGACACCAGCUUUGGAAUCUUUGGAUAUUCUUGGACUGGGAACUGGACCUGAAAUAGAGAGCAAAAUCAAGUAUGCAGAACAUGUAUGCGCAGGUGUUAUACUCGGUAGAGAGCUCGUUAAUGCACCAGCCAAUAUAGUUACGCCUGGGGUACUUGCUGAAGAGGCUAAAAAUAUUGCGUCCACUUACAGCGAUGUCAUUACUGUAAACAUCUUGGAUGCUGAGCAGUGCAAAGAAUUGAAAAUGGGAGCCUAUUUAUCUGUUGCUGCAGCAGCUACUGAAAAUCCUCCUUAUUUCAUCCAUUUAUGUUUUAAAACUCUUACUAAGGAACGCAAAAGGAAGAUAGCCUUGGUUGGAAAGGGAUUAACUUUUGACAGUGGUGGCUACAACCUAAAGACCGGAGCUGGUUCGAAGAUUGAGCUAAUGAAGUAUGACAUGGGAGGGGCUGCGGCUGUUUUAGGUGCAGCAAAAGCUCUUGGUGAAAUUAGGCCUUUUGGAGUAGAGGUGCAUUUCAUUGUUGCAGCUUGUGAAAAUAUGAUCAGUGGAGCAGGCAUGAGGCCUGGAGACAUUGUCACAGCUUCAAAUGGUAAGACAAUUGAGGUUAACAAUACUGAUGCUGAGGGUAGGCUCACACUUGCUGAUGCUUUGAUAUAUGCAUGUAACCAAGGUGUUGAGAAGAUAAUUGAUCUGGCAACAUUAACUGGUGCUAUUGUGACUGCUCUUGGACCUUCAGUUGCUGGUGCUUUUACACCGAGUGAUGGCUUAGCAAGGGAGGUGGUUGUAGCUGCUGAGGCAAGUGGUGAAAAGCUAUGGAGGAUGCCUAUGGAGGAGAGUUACUGGGAGAGUAUGAAAUCAGGAGUGGCUGAUAUGAUUAACACGGGACCUCGUGAUGGUGGUGCCAUAACUGGUGCUCUCUUCCUCAAACAAUUUGUUGACGAGAAGGUCCAAUGGUUGCAUCUCGAUAUAGCUGGCCCCGUCUGGAGCGAUGAAAAGAAAAAUGCCACGGGUUAUGGUGUCUCAACUCUGGUGGAAUGGGUGUUGAGGAAUGCUUUGUAAAAUUAGAGUUAGUCAAGAUGUUGAUGGCUAAACAUAUAAGGGAGUUCUUAUCUCAAGGGACUGUUUGAUGUUUGAGAAAAUAAGUGCAUCAAGUUGUAUGAAUAAAGGCAAUAGUAUAGGCUAUCUUGUUUUCUUGAUUAAUAAAAUGCCUAAAUAAAGUUGCCACUUUACCUUU